UCGCUGGACUGGACAACCUGUCAGUGUUCCUCAGAGGCUGUGAGGAGUUGGGUCUGAAAGGUUCCCAGCUGUUUAAUCCAGGAGACCUUCAGGACACCUCCAUACAAGCCAACCUCAGGGACUCAGAAUGCAGCAGGAAACUGAAGAAUGUAUUAAUUACAAUAUUCUGGCUGGGGAAAGCAUCCAGUAUGUGUCCCGCCUAUGACGGCCCUGUACUAAACCUCAGAGAGUUUGAGGGACUGCGGUCACACAUGAGAACGCUGAGUGAGGACAGGUCUGGGUCAGACAGUGUGAGGCCAGGUGUGAGGGACAGUGGUUACGACUGCUGGGACUCAGAGCAGAGUCAGUCUCUCUCUCCCCGACAACACACACGGGACAACUCCCUGGACAGCCUGGAUUCUUUUGGCUCGCGCUCCCAGACUAGCCCCUCCCCCGACGUCAUGAUCCAUGGCAACAGUGAUGUUGACUCAGACGGCGAUGCCCCCAACAGGAAAGCAGAUGUCCGUCGUGAUGACAUGUUAGCUCGUCGUACGUCGGCCGGUGAAUCGCGGACCUUUGUUCCCUUUAACCAGUUCCUGCCCAAUCGGAAUGUCUCUGCCUACGUUCCCACCGCCAGACGCAGAUCACGCCCCCAAGACGGAGAGCACGGCAGUCUCCCUCAGCCCAUCUUAGAGGAGGGAAGAGGGGGGGAGGGGGGAGGUCCCUUUAAGAGACCACCAGGUCCCCGCUCCAGAAACGCCAAGACAGUCACCUGGGCCCCAGAUGGGGAGGGGCCUAAAGAGGAAGAGGGGGGUCUUGGGCAGGAAGAGGAAGUGUUGAAAAGGGAAGUAGAAGAACAUCGGCGGCUGCAGAGGCUGGAGAAGGCAGGGAUUAAAGUUCUGCCCGCUGUGAUUCGCUACGGCAGACCGACGCCCCAUCUGGAGCAAAAGGAAAUUAGGUCACAAUCCCCUGACAUCAUCCUGCGUCGCAAUAAUGACUUCCUGACCAACCAGAAGGCUGCGUGGGACUCUGACUCGGAGGGUGAGGCAGAGGGUGAAGAGGGGGGAGGAGGGGUGAGGAGGGUUCCUGACGUCCGUAGAGAUGACCUGGCCUCCCGACGCGCCCCACGCCCCCCCGCUGCUCCCAGAGUGUACCAGUACAUCCCCCCGCCUGCCUGCAGCCUCCGGGACAGAGAACUCUGGGAGGACAUCAGACGAGCCUCACACACUGCUCUGAUGGACAGGAUGGAGCUGGAGAGAAGUGCGAAAGAGGCAGUGUGUGACAUCAUCACACGCAGAGACAACCCCUUCCUAAGCCCAGCCUCCCAGCGAGAGGAAGAGGAGGAGGAGGAAGAGGGGAGAGGGGUUAAGGUCCCAUUACCCAAUAAGACGAAAGAUGACCUCGCUAGAAGGAGGGGACAGAAUAGGCCACGCCCAUCUCACAGAGACGGACCAAUGAGCUUCGUCCAUGCCUCCAUCACCCAGUCAGAUCUGGAGAAGUGGGAGAGACUCAAGAUGUCUGAACCCAGUGAGUCUAGCCCCUCCCCUGUGUGUCAGGCAUGUCUGGAGAAAGGUUCCGGAACCCCUGACAUCAUCUCUCUGGCGACGGGGUCAAUGCGGGGUUGUUCUAAGGUUGUGACCUUUGGCGGCGUGACAGAGCUGGAGGAACAGCCAAUCAGCUCUUCCCGGGAAGGGGAGGAGUCUCAGUUGUUACGGCGACUGCUGGCCAAGGCAACCGUUGCCAUGCCGAUCAUCGCGCUGGGCUUCCAGCUCUCCGAGCAGCAGGAUAGCCACUUGGGCGGAGUCGACGCCUCACAUACCCAGCCUCCUAAGCCUGGCCCCUCCCCCCUGAGCCCAGAGGCUCCUCCCACCCUGUUGGAGCUAGAAGCCCGUCUGGCGCAGUACGAGAGGAGAGAGAGAGAGGACGAGGAGGAUGGAGGGAGAGAUGAAAGGAAGGUUCCGGACCUUCAGAUGGAUGACAUGAUGGCCAGGAAGACAGGCGCGUUCCCCAGGACCCCCAUCACCACGACAACAACAUUCAACCGCUUCCUACCACUGCCGGGUUCCAAACGCCCUGCACAGGAAGUAGUCACAAACAGGAAGCUACAGCCAUGCAGGGUCUCCUUGGACAUGCCUCAACAGCACCCCAACGUGGCAAUGGUCGUCAGGCCGCCCGCUCCCAGCCAUUGUAACUAUGGUGAUGAUGAUGCGGAGGAGGAUGAGGAAGAGUGCCCUGUACCAGACCUGGAGAAGGAUGAUAUGUUGGCUCGUAGGACCGGGGCAUACCAACGCAGCACGGGGGGAACCGGACGCUCCUUUAACCUGUUCCUGCCUGUCCCUGGAGCGGCCCAACAGAAGAAAACCCCCUCUGGUGGACCCAACCAACUCUACAAGAACACCCCCUCUGGUGGACCCAACCAACUCUACAAGAACACCCCCUCUGGUGGACCCAACCAACUCUACAAGAACACCCCCUCUGGUGGACCCAACCAACUCUACAAGAACACCCCCUCUGGUGGACCCAACCAACUCUACCAGAACACCCCCUCUGGUGGACCCAACCAACUCUACCAGAACACCCCCUCUGGUGGACCCAACCAACUCUACCAGAACACCCCCUCUGGUGGACCCAACCAACUCUACAGACACAAACAGCAACCCAGCAGUGGCGUUCCCACAGCAACAGGAACUGAAGCCCCUCCCUCUAGAACCCCAACCAGGAAGUGUCUCGAGGACAACCCCUAUCUCUCCUCCCCCUCUUCUCCCUCCACCCCCCUCUCGUCCCACACCCUCACUCCUCCUCCCACCCCUCCUCUCCCCCAGCUUAGUGGGAGGGAAAAAAGGAGGAAGGAGGGGAUGGUGAGAGGGGAGGAGAUAGAGAAGGAGAUAGAGAUGGUGAGAGGGAAAGAGAGAGGGAAGGAGACAGAGAUGGAGAGAGAGAUGGAGAAAGAGAGGGGGAGAGAGAAGGAGAGAGGGAAGGAGAGAGAGCAGGAGAGAGAGAUGGAGAGAGGAGAGGAGAAAGAGAGGGGGAGAGAGAAGGAGAGAGGGAAGGAGAUAGAGAAGGAGAGAGAGAUGGAGAGAGGAGAGGAGACAGAGAGGGGGAGAGGGAAGGAGAUAGAGAAGGAGAUAGAGAUGGAGAGAGGAGAGGAGACAGAGAGGGGGAGAGAGAAGGAGAGAGGGAAGGAGAUAGAGAAGGAGAGAGAGAUGGAGAGAGGAGAGGAGACAGAGAGGGGAAGAGAGAAGGAGAGAGGGAAGGAGAUAGAGAAGGAGAUAGAGAUGGAGAGAGGAGAGGAGACAGAGAGGGGGAGAGAGAAGGAGAGAGGAGAGGAGAUAGAGAAGGAGAGAGGGAAGAAAGUGGGAGAGUCUCACAGAAGACAGUUCUGGCUGGAAGACAAUGAUCUGCCUCCAAUGAUAUUGAGCAGGAGAGUGUCUAAGAUGUCUGAGGAGUUGGAGAGCAUAAGCAUAAUUAACAUGCACAGCAAGGAGGAGGGGGCGGGACUACUUCAGCCUCUCGGCCAAUCCCGAUAUGACGGCAUGCAGAAGCAGUACACCAAUCACCAGGGGGAGGAGGAGGAAUGGCAAGACGAUCUCGCCCGGUGGAAGAGUCGUCGCCGCAGUGCUUCUCAGGAUCUGAUCAGGAAGGAGGAGGAGAGGAAGCGGAUGGAGAGGAUGAUGAAGGAGGAGGAGGGAGGCCACACCCAGAAGAAGAAGAACAUCAAGACGUACAGAGAGAUCGUAGAGGACAAAGAGCGUAGGGAGGCGGAGCUGUGUGAUGCGUACAGGAGGGCGGGCUCUAAAGAGGAAGCUGCCAUGGUUCUCCAGCGUUACGCUCUCCGCUUCACCAUCAGUGAUUCAACGCUGGACAGUCUGCAGCUACCUAGAACCAUUACUACUGACCAGAACCCUGAGUCUAGAACACCUGCUACCAACCAGAAACCUGAAUCUAGAACACCUGCUACCAACCAGAACCCUGAGUCUAGAACACCUGCUACCAACCAGAACCCUGAGUCUAGAACACCUGCUACCAACCAGAACCCUGAGUCUAGAACCACUACUACCAACCAGAACCCUGAGUCUAGAACACCUGCUACCAACCAGAACCCUGAGUCUAGAACCACUACUACCAACCAGUACCCUGAGUCUAGAACACCUGCUACCAACCAGAACCCUGAGUCUAGAACACCUGCUACCAACCAGAACCCUGAGUCUAGAACACCUGCUACCAACCAGAACCCUGAGUCUAGAACCACUACUACCAACCAGAACCCUGAGUCUAGGUCACCUGCUACCAACCAGAACCCUGAGUCUAGAACACCUGCUACCAACCAGAACCCUGAGUAUAGAACCAUUACUACUGACCAGAACCCUGAGUCUAAAAUCAUCACUACUGACCAGAACCUUGAGUCCAGAACCAUUACUACUGACCAGAACCCUAACCCUAGAACCAUUACAAAUAACCAGAACUCUGAGUCUAGAACCAUUACUACCAACCAGAACCCUGAGUCUAGAACACCUGCUACCAACCAGAACCCUGAGUCUAGAACACCUGCUACCAACCAGAACCCUAACCCUAGAACCAUUACUAAUGACCAGAACCCAGAGUCUAGAACCAUUAGUACUGACCAGAACCCUAAGUCUAGAACAAUUACCUCUGACCAGAACACUGAGUCUAGAACCAUUACUACUAACCUGAACCCUGAGUAUAGAACCAUUAUUACUAACCAGAACCCUGAGUCUAGAACCAUUACUACUGACCAGAACCUUGAGUCUAGAACCAGUCAUACCAACCAGACCCCUGAGUCUAGAACACAUGCUACCAACCAGAACCCUAACCCUAGAACCAUUACUAAUAACCAGAACUCUGAGUCUAGAACCAUUACUAAUGACCAGAACCCAGAGUCUAGAACCGUUACUACUGACCAGAACCUUGAGUCUAGAACCAUUAGUACUGACCAGAACCCUGAGUCUAGAACCAUUAAUGCUGACCAGAACUCUGAGUCUAGAACCAUUAUGACUAACCAGAACUCUGAGUCUAGAACCAUAAUUGCUAACCAGAACCCUGCAUCUAGAACCACUACUGCUGACCAGAACCCAGACUCUAGAACUACUACGACCGACCAGAACCCAGAUCGAGCUGGAAACGGACUCGAGGCCAGGCAGACUGACACAAAGCAAGAGCCCCGAGCCCCCAAACAACCCCAAAUCUCUGUCACACACACCAAACACACACACACCCAACAGACACACACCAAACACACACACACCCAACACACCCAAAACACGCACACACAAAACCACUCCACGCAAAGUCAGCACACACUCCCCCCUCCCAUCUCCCCCCCCUCCCGGCCCCUCCCUCUCCUAACAGCCAAGCCCUACUGCCAGCCACCACAGACACAGCCUGGACACAAGCCUGUUAAGGUAGAUGGCUUGGUAAGGGUGAAUGGGGAGACUCUCCCAUCCUCCCCCCCUUCCUCACCCCUUCACUCCCCCCCGCCCACCGAACACCCUGGUGCCAAUCAGAAGACACAGGUGUCGGCCGUCGGCACCCUGAUUGGAGGGAGGAACUGUGUUGUCACGACGACCAUCGUGACGGAACUCACCCAGACACACCUGCAGCCACGUCCGUUAGAUAAGCUCAGCAACACACAGGUGAACGGCUCCAUGGCAUUGUCAAGGAGAUCAGGGGAGGAGGCGGGGUCUGACUCUUCAUUGCUUAGCAACCAGCACACCUACUCAUCCUCGGUGACAGGAGGACUGGAGGGGAGCAGUGGGACUAUGGAGAGCCCCAUGUUGAACCUGGCUAAGCGUGUAGAUCACUGGGUGUGGAACCCUGAGGAGGAGAGGAGACGACAGGAGAAGUGGCAGCUGGAGCAGGAGAGAUUCCUACAGGAGCAAUACCUCAGGGAGCAGGAGAAACUGAAGGGGGAGUGGGAGAGAGCGCAGAGAGAGGUGGACGAGGAAGAACGAAGACACAACGAAGAGGAGAAGAGGAUCCUGGAGGAGACGGCAACGGCCCUUUCUCAUCUACCUCCCACAGAGCUCCCUGUUCACACAGAAGUGAUCGUUCCGGCACAACAGAUCUAUGCAUCAUGGGACUGUGAGUCCUCCAGGGGUCAGGAGACGUCUCUGGACUGCAACCAGCCCUGCGCCGUCAAGAGGUCAGGAUCGUAUGACGGCCCACAUCCACCUUCAUCAUCCCCAUCGUCACCUCAACCGCCCUCCCCCAGCAGGUGUGUGAGUGGUAAGCGUCAGUGUUCAGGUUGUAAUCAGGCGCUGGGGAAAGGAACAGCUAUGAACAUCGACACGCUGGGCCUGUACUUCCACCUAGCCUGCUUUAAGUGUGGAGUGUGUAAGGUACAGCUAGGUGACACCAGUUCAGGAACUGACGUUAGGAUCCGUAACGGAUUGUUGAGCUGUCACGACUGCUACGCCACAUCACACGCAGCUGGCCAGCCGACUACGCUGUGAUUGGCUACAGCCUGCAUCUGGAAUCGUUCCCAACAUUCUGGAACGCUGUGGAAUUCUCUUAACUGGACACACAAACUUCUCCCAGAUGAUGUCUUGGAGACUGAACUGUCUGCUGCUAACUGAGGAUAACUGAUGCUAACGGAGGCUAAUGGCUAACAGAGGCUAAUUGCUAAGUGCUAGCGUUAUAGCUGAUCAACCAGUUUAUAGCUGAUCAACCAGUUUUUGGCUACAGCCUGCAUCUGGAAUCGUUCCCAACAUUCUGGAACGCUGUGGAAUUCUCUUAACUGGACACACAAACUUCUCCCAGAUGAUGUCUUGGAGACUGAACUGUCUGCUGCUAACUGAGGAUAACUGAUGCUAACGGAGGCUAAUGGCUAACAGAGGCUAAUUGCUAAGUGCUAGCGUUAUAGCUGAUCAACCAGUUUUUCCCAGACUGA